CUCACCUCAUUCCCAUCCACUUUUUGCCCAGAAUUCCUCUAGAUUUCAGUAUUUCAGCCAUUUUGAAAGCAUUACGUGACCAUUACCCUUGAAACGGAACUUGGGUAAACACCGCUUUGCGUAGUGGAAGGGUCACGCAUGAUCGAUUGUAAAGUGAGUCCAGUCAGUGGUUCUUACUUGCUCUCUGCAACCAUGGGUCUCAAAGAGAAUGAUAACGAUUCGCCUUCUUCUGUAGACAAAGACAGUUCUUCAGAGAAGAAAAGUUUAAUUAGAGUGGUGGCGCUAGUAAAUUCUUUCUUGUUCUCUUCGUGUUUCUUCAUGGGUAAAUCUGUCUUCCCGUAUAUGGCCAAACGGCUUGGUGCAGAUGUAGUUACCUUAGGUUACCUGAACACCCUGUUCUCCUUUGUCCUUCUAUGUGGUGGACCUCUUUAUGGCAGGUUUGGUGAUGUGUUUGGCUCUCGUGCUAUGGUAAUAACUGAUACCUCAGAUAAAGCAGGUAGAGCUGCUGCUUUGGGUAAACUUGGUCUGGCUUUCUCUCUGGGAAUCAUGGCUGGUCCACUCCUUGGUGGCUUUGUAACUGAAAAGUUCGGUGACAAUACAACGGCUCUUUUAGCUUCACUAUUAUCGCUGGUAUCUGUUAUAACAGUACAGAUGUUUUUACCCAAACACACAAAGUCACUGAACAAGCAGGAAGCUGCAGAUUCCAAAAGCCAAGACAAGUCUAUUCUUACAAAAACUUUAGACUUGUUGAAUAUACCACAAGUGUUGUACAUGUUGGUGGCACAAACGGCUUCCUUUAUGCCAAUAAUGUUGUUACAAGCCUUGGGUCCAGUUAUAAACAUGGAGUACUUCAAAAUUAGACCGAAGGAAAAUGGUCUGUUUCUGGCUGGGAUUGGAGCAGCCUCCGCUUUUUUAUUGCAGUAUUUUGCCAAACAUACAUUCUUGUAUGUUGUGUCCCAACUAAUCUUGAUAAUAGGAUUCUCCAUAACACGAACCAUGACAACUUCGAUGGCUACUAAAUCCGUCAGCAGAAAUGACACUGGGUUACUCUUAGGACUGUGUGCGACAAGUGAAGCACUCAUGAGAACAGUGGCCCCUGCAAUUGGAACCUUUAUGUUGUUACAUUAUGGCUGGCCAUCACUUGGUGCACUGGGAAGUGCUAUUGAAUUUGGCAUAGCUUCUAUACUACUAGCCAAGAAACAAAUCUAAGGCCGAAUCAAGUGAGCCCAUGUACAGCUGGUGUGCAAAAAAAAAUUGGGAAUGGGCUCCCUCGCAAUUUUCAUGUGGAGGGUAGGGGGUGGCUGUAGACAGGCUAGAUCAAGUAAGAUCCUGAUAACCAUGUCCUUAAAAUAUAAUUUUGUUUUUUGACCCUUUAACUCUCAUGUGUGACCAGGACAGAAAUUCUCCUUACAAUAUCAACACUAUAGCAAGUAGACAAGUGGUGAGAAGAAAGAAAAAUGUCACAUAGGGGGUCAACCUUGUUCUCAGGGUCUCUCUUCUUAAGGAAGGGAAAAGCAGAGAAUCCCUGGGAACAAGGUUGGUAGGGGAUAAUCAGUCAAUCCAAUACCAAAUUCUCUGAACUAACAUUAUAAGAAUUAAAUGGCAGAUAGUAAUGUCCAGUACUAAUGAGAUCUUAAAAGUGAAAUGGUUAAGACACUGACAGAUGUUUGAAUGGCAUUUAAUGAAUAAAAAGCAUUUUAUUUCCCUAUGGCCAACAACUUGAAAAAAUGACCAAGAAAACAGCUUUCAACAAAGUUUUUCAUGUUCAAUGAAACAGUGGAGUUCUUUAUUGAAACAAAAAGGAUUUAGGAAGUAACAUGUUGUGCUUAUAGACACAGUAAAGGUACAGACAGAUUAAAGAAAAGUAUGGUUUCAAUAUCUUACAUCAAGUGACAAUAAUAUAUCUACAUUGUACAGAGAAAAAGACUGAUUUUAAAGAUGAUGUUAUGCAUAUAAGAAAGUUUGUAAGAAGGAAAUGAAAUAAAGAUAUGUUACAGAU